AAUUAAGUGAGUGAGGAUAGAUAGCGCGAGAAAGCGGCACCAAACACCCAAGCACAGCGGGCGGCCCAGCUUCGCGACCACGAUGAGGGCUCUCCCCAUGGCCGUCAGCCGCGCCGCCGUCGCCUGCGCCACCCCGGCCUCCGGCGGCGCCGUCCCCCGGAGAUCCAUGCUCCUCUCCACGGCUGCCGCGGGCGCAGCGCUGCAGUCCGACCCCAUCCGGCUGACCGCGCCCAAGCUCAAGCUCCGCGCCUCCGCCGGGGCCGCGCAGGCCGCCGCCACCUCCUUCUCCAGCAACGACGAGGCCUUCGCCUGGGCCAAGAAGGACAACAGGAGGCUCCUCCACGUCGUCUACCGCGUCGGCGACAUCGACAGGACCAUCAAGUUCUACACCGAGUGCCUGGGCAUGAAGCUGCUGAGGAAGCGCGACAUACCCGAGGAGAAGUACACCAAUGCCUUCCUCGGAUACGGCCCCGAGGAAUCCAACUUCGCCGUCGAGCUCACCUACAACUACGGGGUUGACUCGUACGAUAUCGGAGCGGGGUUCGGUCAUUUCGGCAUCGCAACCGAUGAUGUGGCGAAAACAGUUGAAAUCGUAAGGGCCAAGGGAGGCAAGGUGACCAGGGAGCCUGGCCCUGUCAAGGGUGGCAAGACCGUGAUUGCGUUCAUCGAAGACCCUGACGGCUACAAGUUCGAGAUCCUAGAGAGGCCGGGGACUCCAGAGCCACUAUGCCAAGUGAUGCUUCGCGUCGGUGAUCUCGACCGAGCCAUAAGCUUCUACGAGAAGGCUUGUGGUAUGAAACUGCUCCGGAAGCGAGACAACCCUGAAUACAAGUAUACGGUGGCGAUGAUGGGGUACGGACCUGAAGACCAGAAUGCCGUUCUGGAGUUGACCUACAACUAUGGUGUCACUGAAUAUGACAAAGGGAAUGCCUAUGCUCAGAUCGCGAUAGGCACCGAUGAUGUCUACAAGACCGCCGAGGUGGUGAAGCUGUCCGGAGGGAAAGUGGUGCGGGAGGCAGGUCCCUUGCCCGGGCUCGGCACCAAGAUCACAGCCAUCCUAGACCCUGAUGGGUGGAAAUCGGUGUUUGUUGACAACGUUGACUUUGCCAAAGAACUGGAGUAACCAUGUACAACUUUGACUUUGUGAAAGAACCGUCAACCUCAACGCUUUACCUUUUUACCAUUUUUGUAAACAUGAACGCAUAGGCUUUGGGAGAAUUUUUUAUCUCUGAAUAACGACACAUGGAGGAGAGGACAAUGAGAGCCAACUCCAAUUUUAUGGA